AUGAAGCUACCAUUUCCCACCAUUUUUCUCAUCUUCAUCUUCAUCAUCUCUAUUCUCUCUUCCUCCACACGCGCCCUGUCUUCCACCGUCGGUGUUGACUCCAUCUCCCAACUUCUUCAAAUCCAAGACCGCGAGAGGGCUCCCCCUUCCGUUCAGGAAGCCGCCGCUCGCGGCGUCCUCCUCCGGUUGCUCCCUUCCCAUUCCGCCAGCUUCCACUUCCGAAUCGUUUCCAAGAAGCAAUGUGGUGGCGAAUAUUGUUUCAUGAUCAAAAACCAUCCUUCUUUCGCAGCACAAGGGGAUCCUCAAAUUCUAAUUGAAGGGGCAACUGGAGUGGAUAUUGUGGCUGGUCUGCACUGGUAUCUGAAGCACUUGUGUGGUUCACAUAUAUCUUGGGACAAAACCGGUGGCUCGCAACUGUUUUCAGUACCGAAUGCGGGGUUUCUUCCGCGUGUUCACGACGCUGGAAUCUCGGUUCAGAGGCCUAUUCCGUGGAGCUAUUACCAAAAUGCUGUUACGUCUAGCUAUUCUUUUGCUUGGUGGGACUGGAAAAGAUGGGAAAAGGAAAUUGACUGGAUGGCUCUGCAGGGUGUCAACUUGCCACUUGCAUUUACAGGACAAGAAGCUAUCUGGCAGAAAGUGUUCCAGAAAUUUAACAUGAGCAUUUCUGAUUUGGAUGAUUUCUUUGGAGGCCCAGCGUUUCUUGCAUGGUCACGAAUGGGAAAUUUGCAUGGAUGGGGUGGACCACUGCCACAGAGCUGGUUUGAUCAACAACUAAUCUUACAGAAGAAAAUUCUUGCCAGAAUGUAUGAGCUUGGAAUGACACCUGUCCUGCCAGGUUUUUCUGGAAAUGUCCCUGCUGCACUGAAAUAUAUAUUUCCAUCAGCAAAAAUAACACGCUUGGGAAAUUGGUUUUCUGUUAAGAAUGACCUCAGAUGGAGCUGCACUUAUCUUCUUGAUGCAACUGAUCCCCUGUUCAUUGAGAUCGGGAAAGCAUUUGUUGAGCAACAAAUUCAAGAGUAUGGAAGAACCAGCCACAUAUACAACUGCGACACUUUUGAUGAGAACACCCCGCCCAUUGAUGAUCCAGAGUACAUUUCAUCAUUAGGUGCAGCAAUCUUUAAAGGAAUGCAGAGCGGUGAUGAUGAUGCUGUUUGGCUGAUGCAGGGAUGGCUAUUUUCAUAUGAUCCGUUCUGGAGACCUCCUCAAAUGAAGGCCCUUUUACAUUCAGUCCCUGUCGGAAAGUUGGUGGUUCUUGACCUGUUUGCCGAAGUAAAACCCAUAUGGAUUACCUCAGAGCAAUUUUAUGGAGUUCCCUACAUCUGGUGUAUGCUGCACAAUUUUGCAGGAAACGUUGAGAUGUAUGGGAUAUUAGAUGCGAUAGCAUCUGGGCCAAUCGAAGCACGUAAAAGUGUUAACUCAACAAUGGUUGGAGUUGGAAUGUCGAUGGAAGGUAUAGAACAGAAUCCCAUUGUGUAUGAUCUGAUGUCUGAAAUGGCAUUUCUACACAAGAAAAUUGAUGUUAAGGUGUGGGUUGAUCUGUAUUCAACUAGACGAUAUGGAAGAUCAGUUCCUUUAAUACAAGAGGGAUGGAAUGUCUUAUAUCACACCAUUUACAAUUGCACUGAUGGAGCUUAUGAUAAAAACAGAGAUGUCAUUGUAGCAUUCCCAGAUGUUGACCCUUCCUUAAUUUCAGCACAGCAUGAACAGUCUCGCCACUAUAGCAAGCCUUUCUCAAGAACAAUUAUCACGGAAAUAACUGAUUCAUUUGACCGACCUCAUUUAUGGUAUUCAACUUCUGAAGUAAUUCAUGCAUUGGAGCUAUUCAUAGCUAGUGGAAAUGAACUUUCAAGAAGUGAUACUUAUAGGUAUGACGUUGUUGAUCUUACUAGACAAGUCUUAGCAAAAUAUGCAAAUCAGUUGUUCUUUAAGGUCAUAGAGGCAUACCAAUCACAUGAUGUCCAUGGAAUGACUCUCCUCUGCGAGAAAUUUCUGGACCUAGUGGAAGAUUUGGACGCACUGUUGGCUUGCCAUGAUGGAUUUCUUCUGGGACCUUGGUUAGAAAGUGCAAAGCAGCUAGCUCAAAAUGAAGAACAGGAGAGACAGUUUGAGUGGAAUGCUAGAACACAAAUAACCAUGUGGUUUGACAACACAGAGGAGGAAGCCAGCCUGCUUCGUGACUAUGGAAACAAGUACUGGACCGGGCUUCUACAUGAUUACUAUGGUCCUAGAGCUGCUAUUUAUUUUAAAUAUUUAAGGGAAAGCUUAGAGAGUGGUGAGGAUUUCAAGCUAAAGGAAUGGAGGAGGGAUUGGAUAAAGCUUACCAAUGAUUGGCAAAGCCGUAGGAAUAUAUUUCCACUAGAAAGUAGAGGAGAUGCCCUGAACACUUCUCGGUGGCUCUUCAACAAAUACCUGAACUUGAGCAAUCCUGAGACGAAGCUUACGCUGGAGUACUGGACUGAACGCAAAUCAGUGAAUUUUCAAUGAACUAUACUUAAAUGUACAUGAAACCAAGACCAUUUUACUUCUCUUUGGAUUUUCUUUUUCCACACUCUGAUGCCAUUUUUCUUUUACAGAAUUCCUUUGCCGAUGUGAAAAGGAAACUAUGCAUUUCACUUUCCAGUUCGUGCAAAAUAUAAACUGUGCAAAUUUGCCAGGUGUUUCCUGUAUGUUCAGGGGAACAUAACACAUGCAUUAUGAACUUGGAAGACAGCUUUUUUCUUAUUGAUGGGAAUAA